AUGGCUGACGGAACAUCCCAAACUGUUAUUCCAAAGCUCACCAAGGACAAUUAUGAUGAUUGGUCCAUCCAAAUGAGAGCACUGCUUGGUGCUCAAGAUGUUAUGGAGGUGGUAGAAGAAGGUUACGAUGAACCCACCUUAAAAGAAGCUGAAACAGCUUUAAAGGAAGAACAAAAGACGACGCUCCGUGCCGAGCGAAAGCAGGAUUGCAAAGCCAAGUCCAUCAUCUAUCAAGGACUUGACGAAGCCACGUUCGAGAUCAUCGCUUCCGCCAAAACUUCCAAAGAAAUUUGGGAGAUGCUGCAGAAGACCUACAGAGGUGCUGACAAAGUAAAGAGGAUUCGCCUUCAAACUCUACGAGGUGAAUUCGAGUCUUUACGAAUGAAAUCCUCAGAAUCUAUUUCUGAGUAUUAUGCUCGAAUUAUGGUGGUUUCAAAUCAAAUGAGGAGAAAUAGCGAAGCUCUCACCGACACGAGAGUUAUAGAAAAGAUCUUGCGAUCUUUGGAUCGCAGAUUCGACUUCAUCGUUGUUACGUUAGAAGAAUUUAAAGACGUUUCAACCAUGUCUAUUGAAGAGCUCGUGCGUUCGCUGCAAGCCCACGAACAGAAGUUGCACAGAGACGAUGAUAGAGCCUUGGAACAAUCUCUACAAAUGAAGUUAUCCCUCAAUGAAGGAAGAUGCUCGAGGGAAGCUGAUUACUCGAGUAAUGAUGGCGAAGAACAGGAUGUUUCCGCUAACUAUUCUUCAUGA